AAGUUGAUAGGAAUAAUUUUUAGUCAAACUUUAUUUAUCUCAUAAUCGAACUCCUGACUAUCAAACACCUUUUAAGACAAUUUUAUUUUUUUACUUUUUUUUUUUUCAUUGGCGUUUUCAACAUAACUGAAACCCAAUUACCUUCUAAUGUUUGUUCAAAAACUGGAGUUUGGCAUUAACUGAAUCAUAAAGAACAAAUUUCAAAGAUUCACCCCAUUUUUAACUGCUUUGUCCUUUGAGUUCUUUCUUCUACAUAGUUUUUGCUUUGAUUUUUCCUUUGAUGGAUUCUUCAUUUUUGCUUUCUUGAGUGCUUUUGAAGCCUUCAUUCUUGAUGGGACUUGUUUUUACCAAAUGGGCAUGCACAGUUUUACUCUGCUAUUUUCUCAUCACUUCUACAGUAUAUUCAGUUGAGGGGUUACAUGUUGGUUCUAAAGUUAGAGGAGUGAAUUUAGGAGGGUGGUUGGUUAUUGAAGGUUGGAUCAAACCUUCAUUGUUUGAUGGCAUUGCCAAUGGAGACAUGCUUGAUGGGACAGAAGUGCAGUUUAAGUCAGUGACAUUGCAGAAGUAUGUAUCAGCAGAGAAUGGAGGAGGAAUGAAUGUGACAAUUGAUAGGGAUGUUCCAUCUUCAUGGGAAACAUUCAGGUUAUGGAGAGUAUCUGAAUCAGAAUUUCAAUUCCGUACCACACAAGGCCAAUUUCUUACAUGCAAUGGUAAAGGCUGCACUGUAUCUGCAACAGCAAAAUCGCCUUUAACACCAGAAACAUUUGAAAUUACGCGCAAUGAGAAAAAUAGGAUUCACAUUAAGAUAAAGAAUGGACCCUAUCUGCAGGCUACAACUGGUAACCAGCUCACGGCAGACUAUCCAGAUGAACCGGGAUGGGAUGAUAAUUCAGCUACAUUUGAAAUGACAAUUGCAGCGAAUAACCUACAUGGAGAUUACCAGCUUGCAAAUGGUUAUGGACAUGAUAGCGCAGAAGAUGUUCUUAGGAGACAUAGAAAUAGCUUUAUUACAAUGGAGGAUUUCAAAUUUCUAUAUGAACACGGAAUAAAUACCGUGAGAAUACCAGUUGGGUGGUGGAUUGCUUAUGAUCCUGAUCCUCCAAAUCCAUAUAUUGGAGGAAGUCUUGAAGCUCUAGAUAAUGCAUUUUCAUGGGCACAAGAAUAUGAUAUAAAAUGCAUAAUUGACCUUCAUGCUGCUCCUGGUUCACAAAAUGGGAUGGAGCAUAGUGCAAGCAUAGAUGGAUUUACAGACUGGCCAACUUCUCCAGAUUACAUUUCAAAGUCAUUACGUGUUAUUGAAUUUUUAAUUUCUAGAUAUGCAACGCAUUCUGCCUUGCUGGGAAUUGAGCUUUUGAAUGAACCAUCUGCUGCCACAGUUCCCUUAGAUAUUUUAGUUUCCUAUUACAAACAAGGCUACCAAAUUGUUCGGAAAUACUCUUCGUCGGCUUAUGUGAUAAUUUGCCAGAGAAUCGGCAAUGCAGAUCCUUUGGAGCUUUAUCAGGCUAACAUAGGAUCUACCAACUUAGUUUUGGAUUUGCAUUUCUACAAUCUCUUUGAUAAAUUCUUUGUUAAUAUGAGUCCCGGCGAUAAUGUACAAUACAUAUACAAAAGUCGGGAAGGUCUGUUGCAGGCCUUCAAUAAUUCAAAUGGCCCAGACAUUUUUGUUGGAGAGUGGGUGAAUGAGUGGAAUGUGACAAACGGAUCACUAACAGAUUAUCAGGACUUUGGAAAGGCACAGUUAGACGCCUAUAACGCAGCUUCCUUUGGCUGGUGUUAUUGGACUUUAAAAAAUGACAGGGAGCAUUGGGAUUUUGAAUGGAACAUUAGGAACAACUAUCUUCAAUUAGGUAACUCACCCAGCAAAAAGAGCAUAUCCACUUUGGGAUUGUUUGGAUUAGCUUGCACUUGGUUUUGUCUACGUGAUGUCUUUCGGAUUAUGAUUUAAGUAUGCAUUGUUAUUCAUAAGUCUUAGUUCAACUGAUAAUGCCAAUAUUGUGAGAUUGGACGCCUUCACUUAGGUUUGAAUUUGCGACCUCACAGUGUGUUUCAGUGAUAUUUGUCAUUUCAUCUGCGGACAGCGGACACACAAAUAAAAAAUGUGCAUUGCUAAAGCAGUAAAUCUCUAUCCAUAUAAACAAUUUCUCCUAUGUUGCUUAAUAGUGAUGGUAUGUGCCUUGUCAAAUAAAGGAAGAAUAUGAUGAGUUGUCAUAAAAGUUUUAAGUAUGAAAUAAGAUUUGUUGAAUUA